UUCUAGGCUCUUCCACACACACUGCUCAGUUCAUUUUCGGAUUCUUUCGUGUACUGGACGCAGCUCCGGAUUAAAACACUAUGGACGCAAGGACUCUCGCUCUGCUCGCACUUUUGUUGAGUACUGUAUGCUACUCUGAAGAGAAACCGGUCAGCUUGGUUUAUCGAUGUCCCUGCAGAUAUUUUGAAAGCAAUGUUUCAAAAACCAGCAUCAAGCACCUGAAGAUCUUGUCCACUAGCAACUGCUCUUUACAGAUUGUGGCUCGUUUGAAGCAGAAUGGUAAACAGAUAUGCCUAGAUCCCAAGAUUAAAUGGAUUCAGGAAUACCUGGAAAAGGCCCUGAACAAGAAGGUGAAAACCUGAAAUCAUUUUGAUGGUGGCUUAGUGGAUGCACUUGUGAAUGCUGGGCCUCAAAUAUUGACUCCAAGUGGCCCCAGUCUCCCAGUAUUCCGGAUUGUAUGGUGCUUCCUUUACAUAUAAAGAGAAAGAAAAAACACAUAAAUUGAUUUUGUAAUGCCUGCACUGGUAGCAAAAUGGAUGCCUGCACUCAUUUGUGAGCUCUGUCAAAUUUUCAAUCGUGUUUUUCUCCUUGCCAAAGGUGUGCAUAUGUAUAAUGAGCAGAUCUCUGAUACAGGAACAUUAUUAGCAAAGAGGGUCACAAAUUGACAUAACUACCAGAAUCUCCAGAGACAUAAUAAGCAAGAGGUCAGAGGAAGCACCUAGAUCUUAAUUUUAUGCCUCCUCAAGAUUAUCUAUAAUCCAUAUAAUCUAUUUUGCCUGUAUAGGGCACUAGAAAAGUAAAAUAUUAAGUAUUAAUGGUAGUUCCAUAGUAUUUUAAGACUUGAUGUGUGUCCUACAUUAAAUGGUCCCUUAGGUAUCAUGGGUUUAACAGUAGACUCUCAUGAUCACAUAUGACCUAUAUUGGGCAUUGCUUGCAUUGCAAACAUUUCUGGCAGAGAACUUCAGAAUGGCUUCUGUAGAUAAGUGUUACAGCUAGGUGCGAAGACUAUGAGUAAACAAAGGACUGGCAUCCAUUAUUUCUGCUAUUGGAUACUAUGAGCUCUAUUCAGUGAGAUGUUUAAAAUCCUGGUGUUUCAUGAAAAAGCAGAUAACAUACUAUAUGUAUAACUACUAGUAAGCAAGUCAGGUCCCAGUGCACAUAUACCAGAAACAAGCACUAACCAAAUAAAUAUGAAAGUUAUCUGGAGACCCAGAGAAAGAGCACUUCAAUCAAAGAAUCUUGGUCAAACCCAGAGAGUUCCCAGGUAUGGAUAGCAUUUCCUAUUGAUCUCAGUUAGAGCUCAUCUCCCAAAAAUAGAAUGGGAGUGCUUCUGAUCAUGUGAAAUACCUGAGGCUGAGCCCCUGAUUUUUUUGUUCAAAAACAAUCUGUUCCUUUUUGUCAUUUGGCAGGCAUUCCUAAUUAAAUUUUGCUGAGAGAGUAAACCUUUUGUAUUGCCUACUCCAGUGUUUGUAAUCUUCCAAAGAUUUCCCAUUUAAUGUGAAGUAAAUCUUGGUAACACAAAGGCAGCUCCCGUUUCUGCACAUCAAGUAUUUUGUGUAAUCUCCUGUACACAUUUUGAUAUAAAAAUAUAAAAAUACGUAUUUCUACCGAACCUGUACAAGUGUGCGCACUUGUAUCUGACUAAUAUGUAUAUUUCAAAUAAACAGCUUCUUUAUUAUCA